AUGUGGAGUCAAUUUCUUCACGCGCACACGGCCUCCGUCACCUCUUUAUGCUUCAGCCCGCAUGAGGCGGUGUACCCCCACCUUUUAUGCUCCACCUCUGGCGACGAAACGAUCGCGUUGUGGGAUUACUACUCCGGCGAAUCCAUCGCCCGUUUAUGGUAUCAUCGCGAGCCUGUGAAUCACGCGCUUUUUCUCCCGGAUGAUCCGCAUUUGCUGCUCACCGCCUCGGAUGACGGCCGCGUCGCGUUGUGGGAUCUCCGACGCCACGAGCACCCACUUGGGGUGCUUUCGGACUUUCGCGAGGGCGUCAAUAAAGUGAUCCUCCUUCCCUUUUCCUGCGUCCCGGAUGGGGUGGAUCUGACGGGGUCGUCGGCUUCGACGUUCUUUCCGCCACCACGCCCGCGGUACCUCACCGCGAGCGCCUGCGAUGACGGGAUGGUUUACCUCCACGCGAUUUUCCCCCCUUCCGCCCUGUUGGAGGAUCGCCUGUCGAACCCGGAUCCCGACGACGGGGAAAGAGAGGGGGGGAUCCUCGGGCGCCUGCUCGAUCGCUUUGUCGUCUCCAUCAGCACCGUCAACGACCUCGUCCUGAUCCCGGGCGGCGAGAUCCUGCUCACCGCCUCGGAGGAUGGCGCGGUGCGCGGGUGGCGGUUGGGGUUCCCCCCUUCCUCUUCCUCUUCCGCUUCCCCUUCCCCUUCGGAUCGUCUGCUGCUGAACCUCGACGAGUUCGAGAACCCGGUGAACCACCUCGCGAUCGUCCCGCGCGGAUGGAUGGGGGACCCUCAGGAGACCCCGGCGCCCGCCGGGGCGCCUUUCCCGUGUUGGGUCCUCGCCGCGAGUUCGGAAGGGGUGUUCGGGAUCGCGCUCCGACCCCCGGCCGGGGCGCCCGAUCCGGACGUCCGGGUCUUCGUCGGGCAUGCGGAUUACGUCCGCGGGAUCGACUUCACCCCGGCGCGCACGCUGCUCACCGUCGCCGACGACGGCACCGCGAUGGAAUGGGGGUUGCCCACCGCGCAGGCGAUUCGGCAGGUCCGGCUGCACGAAGGGCUGGUGAUGGCCGCCGCGUUAGCCCCGGACGGCGCGGCCUUCGCGACCGGCAGCGAUACCGGGGAGAUUCGCGUUUGGCGGCAACCGUUUCAGACGGAAGCGCUCGCCGGGGUCCCUGAGGCCGUCGCCGGGUGA